AUGACGUUCUCCGGUCCUAAUCCCUCGAUCUGGGUGGGUGGUCUCGACCUCAGCCUAAACGAGCAGAAGUUGUACGAUUAUUUCGUUCGCAUCGGCCCUGUCGCAUCCGUGCGCGUUUGUGUUGAUUCCGCCACUCAGAAGUCCUUGGGGUAUGGUUAUGUGAACUUUCAGGAUCCCGCCGAUGCCGAGAAGGCCCUUGAUCUUGUUGGUAGCAAGCUCGGCAAUCGGUACCUCCGGAUCGCGAAGAUCCAGCGCGACCCCGCGAAGCGUCGCAGCGGGGUGAGCAACAUCGUCGUCAAGAAGCUCCCCGCCACGAUCGACACCUACGCGUUGAAGGAGAUGUUUGCGAAGUUCGGCCGCCUCACGAGCAUUGUGCUUGCCUACGACGAGAAAGGCGCCUCGCGCGGCUACGCGCGGAUCUCCUACGAGCGCGAGGAGUCCGCCGUGGAGGCGGUGAAGGAGAUGAACGGCACGGAGGUGGACGGGCAGCCGAUCCUCGUCGAGCGCUACCAACCCCAACACCACGAGGAGAUGCUGAAGCAGUUCGCGAACCUCUACGUGAAGAACCUCAACCCCGCCGUGACGGAUGAGCAGCUGCGGGAUUUCUUCAGCACCUACGGCACCGUCACUUCCGCGAAGGUGCGCGAUCUGGGGGAGAUUAAGACGGAGGUCGGCUUCGGCUACGUCGCCUUCGUGUCACACGACGACGCGGUGAAGGCCGUGGAGGCCCUGAACGGGAAGGAGUGCGAGAUCGCGCAGAAGGGGAUGGCGCUCGACGUCAGCCGCUUCCGCUCCCGCGAGGAGCGGCUGCGCGACCUGGAACGGCAGCGCCACGAGCGCGCGAAGCAGUACAUGAACUACCCCAACCUCUACGUCAAAGGCUUCGACGAGACGGUCACGAGCGAGCGGUUGAAGGAGCUCUUCGAGACCUACGGCGAGACGAUCUCCGUCCGGGUGAUGGUGGACCCGGAGACGGGCCUCUCGCACUGCUUCGGCUUCGUCUCGAUGAAGGACCACGCGGCCGCCGCGCAGGCGAUUCAGAUGCUCAACGGCAGCACCUUCCUCAGCUCGCGGCCGCUCUUCGUGACCUACGCCCUCCGCAAGGACAUCCGCCGGCAGAACCUGGAGGAGCGCAGUAAGCAGCAGUUCCGGAUCCGGCAGAACCACAUGGGCGGCGCGGGCGCAAGCGGCGGGAUGGGGGGGCCCCCCUCCAUCGGCUUCAUGAGCGGCCCGAAGAUCUUCGGCAACAUGGGCAUGCCGUUUAUGAACCCGCGGAUGCCGAUGAUGCCGAUGGCGGCCGCCGCGGGCGGGUUCGGGAUGGGGCGCCCAAUGGGAGGCGGGCCCGCGCCGAUGAAUCAGAUGCGCGUCGCGCGGCCGAUGGGGGCGCAGAAGCCGCCGAUGCACACGAUGGUGCCGCAGCAUUACCCCCAGCAGGCGCCCCCGUCGCAGAGCCUCUCCGCGAUGCUGCCGAAUUUGACGCCCGAUCAGCAGCGGAACGUCCUUGGGGAGCGGUUGUACAGCUACAUCGUCCGCUCCCACCCGACCCUCGCCGCGAAGGUGACGGGGAUGCUGCUCGAGAUGGAGACGACGGAGAUCGUGAACAUGCUUGAGAACCCGGCGCUGCUCGACAGCAAGAUCUCCGAGGCCUUGGACGUGCUGAACCAUCAUAUGGGGGUUUAA